AAUCCGAGAGGUCUCAGCGCUGGUUUCCAGCUCCGCCGCGCAGCGCCCACGGAGUCCCCGCGCAGCUGGGUUUGCAGGGUUCUCUGCGGGCCCAGAGCGAACUGGGAGCCCCGGGCCGGGCCUUUCGCGUCCCGGUCCCCGCCCCUGGGCCUCAGCCUUCCCCGCCCUCGCUGAGAGGGGCGCACGGGUCUCGGGCCUUGCAGGGCGAGCCCUUCGGGACAACCGGGAGGUGGCGAGAAAGCCCCUUCCGCCUCCCUCGGAACUGGGAUUAGGAACGAGUUCCAGGAUGCGGUUUCCCCGGCCAGCGGACCACCUCCUGCAUUCACAUCCUCUUCCCUUUCCUUCUAGCCUUCUUUCUUAGUCAUUGCCUGCUUGCCUUUCUCUCUGCCUUUCCUUCCUCCCUCUGCUCUCCCAUUUUCCUCCCCACUCCCCUUCUCCCCUGUCUCAGUAAAAUACGUUUCCUAGGCUCUUUAUUAUGUGGCGGAUGAUUUUAAGGGGCCAUUUAUUUAGUUUGCCUUGUUCUCUGUCUUCUUUUUCUUUUAGAAACGGAGUCUCGCUUUGUUGCUCAGGCUGGAGCUCAGUGGUGCCAUCUUGGCUCACUGCAGCCUCCGCCUCCUGGGCUCAAGCGAUCCUCCCGCCUUAGCCUCCAGAGUAACUGGGACCACAGGUGUGCGCUACCAUGCCCGGAUUAUUUUAUUUUAUUUUCGUAGAGACAGGGCCCCACUCUGUUACCAGGCUGGUCUGGAACUCCUGGGCUCAAGCCAUCAUCCCUGCCCCCAAGAGCGCUGGGAUUAAUUACACGUCAGGUCAUUAGGUUUUAACCUGCACGUUGCUGAGACUCAUCUUACCGGUUAGAGUCUGAAGCCAGGAUAGGCGGCAAAAAAAAACCCUCCCGUCAUGCUGUUUUAUUUUCUAGAGAAGUCAUUCAGAAUUCAAAAGAAGUUCUAAGUUUAUUGCAAGAAAAAAACCCUGCCUUCAAGCCGGUUCUUGCAAUUAUCCAGGCAGGUGACGACAACUUGAUGCAGGAAAUCAACCAGAAUUUGGCUGAGGAGGCUGGUCUGAACAUCACUCACAUUUGCCUCCCUCCAGAUAGCAGUGAAGCGGAGAUUAUAGAUGAAAUCUUAAAGAUCAAUGAAGAUACCAGAGUACAUGGCCUUGCCCUUCAGAUCUCUGAGAACUUGUUUAGCAACAAAGUCCUCAAUGCCUUGAAACCAGAAAAAGAUGUGGAUGGAGUAACAGACAUAAACCUGGGGAAGCUGGUGCGAGGGGAUGCCCAUGAAUGUUUUGUUUCACCUGUUGCCAAAGCUGUAAUUGAACUUCUUGAAAAAUCAGUAGGUGUCAACCUAGAUGGAAAGAAGAUUUUGGUAGUGGGGGCCCAUGGGUCUUUGGAAGCUGCUCUACAAUGCCUGUUCCAGAGAAAAGGGUCCAUGACAAUGAGCAUCCAGUGGAAAACACGCCAGCUUCAAAGCAAGCUUCACGAGGCUGACAUUGUGGUCCUAGGCUCACCUAAGCCAGAAGAGAUUCCCCUUACUUGGAUACAACCAGGAACUACUGUUCUCAACUGCUCCCAUGACUUCCUGUCAGGGAAGGUUGGGUGUGGCUCUCCAAGAAUACAUUUUGGUGGACUCAUUGAGGAAGAUGAUGUGAUUCUCCUUGCUGCAGCUCUGCGAAUUCAGAACAUGGUCAGUAGUGGAAGGAGAUGGCUUCGUGAACAGCAGCACAGGCGGUGGAGACUUCACUGCUUGAAACUUCAGCCUCUCUCCCCUGUGCCAAGUGACAUUGAGAUUUCAAGAGGACAAACUCCAAAAGCUGUGGAUGUCCUUGCCAAGGAGAUUGGAUUGCUUGCAGAUGAAAUUGAAAUCUAUGGCAAAAGCAAAGCCAAAGUACGUUUGUCCGUGCUAGAAAGGUUAAAGGAUCAAGCAGAUGGAAAAUACGUCUUAGUUGCUGGGAUCACGCCCACCCCUCUUGGAGAAGGGAAGAGCACAGUCACCAUUGGGCUUGUGCAGGCUCUGACCGCACACCUGAAUGUCAACUCCUUUGCCUGCUUGAGGCAGCCUUCCCAAGGACCAACGUUUGGAGUGAAAGGAGGAGCCGCGGGUGGUGGAUACGCCCAGGUCAUCCCCAUGGAGGAGUUCAACCUUCACUUGACUGGAGACAUCCACGCCAUCACCGCUGCCAAUAACUUGCUGGCUGCCGCCAUCGACACGAGGAUUCUUCAUGAAAACACGCAAACGGAUAAGGCUCUGUAUAAUCGGCUGGUUCCUUUAGUGAAUGGUGUCAGAGAAUUUUCAGAAAUUCAACUUGCUCGGCUAAAAAAACUGGGAAUAAAUAAGACUGAUCCGAGCACACUGACAGAAGAGGAAGUGAGUAAAUUUGCCCGUCUCGACAUCGACCCAUCUACCAUCACGUGGCAGAGAGUAUUGGAUACAAAUGACCGAUUUCUACGAAAAAUAACCAUCGGGCAGGGAAACGCAGAGAAGGGCCAUUACCGGCAGGCGCAGUUUGACAUCGCAGUGGCCAGCGAGAUCAUGGCGGUGCUGGCCCUGACGGACAGCCUCGCGGACAUGAAGACACGGCUGGGAAGGAUGGUGGUGGCCAGUGACAAAAGUGGGCAGCCUGUGACAGCAGAUGAUUUGGGGGUGACAGGUGCUUUGACAGUUUUGAUGAAAGAUGCAAUAAAACCAAACCUGAUGCAGACCCUGGAAGGGACACCUGUGUUCGUGCAUGCGGGCCCUUUUGCUAACAUUGCUCACGGCAACUCUUCAGUGUUGGCUGAUAAAAUUGCCCUGAAACUGGUUGGUGAAGAAGGAUUUGUAGUGACCGAAGCUGGCUUUGGUGCUGACAUCGGAAUGGAGAAAUUCUUCAACAUCAAGUGCCGAGCUUCUGGCUUGGUGCCCAACGUGGUUGUGUUAGUGGCAACGGUGCGAGCUCUGAAGAUGCAUGGAGGCGGGCCAAGUGUAACGGCUGGUGUUCCUCUUAAGAAAGAAUAUACAGAGGAGAACAUCCAGCUGGUGGCAGACGGCUGCUGUAACCUCCAGAAGCAAAUUCAGAUCACUCAGCUCUUUGGGGUUCCCGUUGUGGUGGCUCUGAAUGUCUUCAAGACCGACACCCGCGCUGAGAUUGACUUGGUGUGUGAGCUUGCAAGGCGGGCUGGUGCCUUUGAUGCAGUCCCCUGCUAUCACUGGUCGGUUGGUGGAAAAGGAUCGGUGGACUUGGCUCGGGCUGUGAGAGAGGCUGCGAGUAAAAGAAGCCGAUUCCAGUUCCUGUAUGAUGUUCAGGUUCCAAUUGUGGACAAGAUAAGGACCAUUGCUCAGGCUGUCUAUGGAGCCAAAGAUAUCGAACUCUCUCCUGAGGCACAAGCCAGAAUAGAUCGUUACACUCAACAGGGUUUUGGAAAUUUGCCCAUCUGCAUGGCAAAGACCCACCUUUCUCUGUCUCACCAACCUGACAAAAAAGGUGUGCCAAGGGACUUCAUCUUACCUAUCAGUGACGUCCGGGCCAGCAUAGGCGCUGGGUUCAUUUACCCUUUGGUCGGAACGAUGAGCACCAUGCCAGGACUGCCCACCCGGCCCUGCUUUUAUGACAUAGAUCUUGAUACCGAAACAGAACAAGUUAAAGGCUUGUUCUAAGUGGACAAGGCUCUCACAGGACCCGAUGCAGACUCCUGAAACAGACUACUCUUUGCCUUUUUGCUGCAGUUGGAGAAGAAACUGAAUUUGAAAAAUGUCUGUUAUGCAAUGCUGGAGACAUGGUGAAAUAGGCCAAAGAUUUCUUCUUCGCUCAAGAUGAAUUCUGUUCACAGCGGAGUAUGGUGUUUGGCAAAAGGACCUCCACCAAGACUGAAAGAAACUAAUUUAUUUCUGUUUCUGUGGAGUUUACAUUAUUUCUCCUGCUUACACUUUAGAAUGUUUAUUUUAUGGGGACUAAGGGAUUAAAAGAGUGUGAACUGAAAGGUAACAUUUUCCACUCUCGAGUUUUCUACUUUGUCUUUGAACUGAAAAUAAACAUGAAUCUAGAAAACCAA